ACUGCCACCCACCUCACCCAACUCAGCUUCACCUACCCCCAAUUCCCUUAAGGCUGAGCUCCCAGGGCCAAGACUCAAGAGCCUCAGAGUGAGCAGAGAAAAUCCUCGCAGUUAACUUGGCUUCCAGGAAGUGGCCACUGGUGGGCGUUGUGGCCAUUCAUGAGCACCAAACCACACAAAAAGAAGAACUUUGUCCCUUUCUUGUCAUUUUGAAAGACUGUGAAACUGGAGCCAAUUCUCCAUCAUCACACAGGAAGCUGAGUACUUCCUACUUGGUCAGGACCUUGAAACUUGAAUUCAUAAAAACCCAGAAAGCCCCAGAAACAAAGACUUCACGGACAAAGUCCCUUGGAACCAGAGAGAAGCCGGGAUGGAAACUCCAAACACCACAGAGGACUAUGACACGACCACAGAGUUUGACUAUGGGGAUGCAACUCCGUGCCAGAAGGUGAACGAGAGGGCCUUUGGGGCCCAACUGCUGCCCCCUCUGUACUCCUUGGUAUUUGUCAUUGGCCUGGUUGGAAACAUCCUGGUGGUCCUGGUCCUUGUGCAAUACAAGAGGCUAAAAAACAUGACCAGCAUCUACCUCCUGAACCUGGCCAUUUCUGACCUGCUCUUCCUGUUCACGCUUCCCUUCUGGAUCGACUACAAGUUGAAGGAUGACUGGGUUUUUGGUGAUGCCAUGUGUAAGAUCCUCUCUGGGUUUUAUUACACAGGCUUGUACAGCGAGAUCUUUUUCAUCAUCCUGCUGACGAUUGACAGGUACCUGGCCAUCGUCCACGCCGUGUUUGCCUUGCGGGCACGGACCGUCACUUUUGGUGUCAUCACCAGCAUCAUCGUUUGGGCCCUGGCCAUCUUGGCUUCCAUGCCAGGCUUAUACUUUUCCAAGACCCAAUGGGAAUUCACUCACCACACCUGCAGCCUUCACUUCCCUCAUGAAAGCCUACGAGAGUGGAAGCUGUUUCAGGCUCUGAAACUGAACCUCUUUGGGCUGGUAUUGCCUUUGUUGGUCAUGAUCAUCUGCUACACAGGGAUUAUAAAGAUUCUGCUAAGACGACCAAAUGAGAAGAAAUCCAAAGCUGUCCGUUUGAUUUUUGUCAUCAUGAUCAUCUUUUUUCUCUUUUGGACCCCCUACAAUUUGACUAUACUUAUUUCUGUUUUCCAAGACUUCCUGUUCACCCAUGAGUGUGAGCAGAGCAGACAUUUGGACCUGGCUGUGCAAGUGACGGAGGUGAUCGCCUACACGCACUGCUGUGUCAACCCAGUGAUCUACGCCUUCGUUGGUGAGAGGUUCCGGAAGUACCUGCGGCAGUUGUUCCACAGGCGUGUGGCUGUGCACCUGGUUAAAUGGCUCCCCUUCCUCUCCGUGGACAGGCUGGAGAGGGUCAGCUCCACAUCUCCCUCCACAGGGGAGCAUGAACUCUCUGCUGGGUUCUGACUCAGACCAUAGGAGGCCAACCCAAAAUAAGCAGGCGUGACCUGCCAGGCACACUGAGCCAGCGGCCUGGCUCUCCCAGCCAGGUUCUGACUCUUGGCACAGCAUGGAGUCACAGCCACUUGGGAUAGAGAGGGAAUGUAAUGGUGGCCUGGGGCUUCUGAGGCUUCUGGGGCUUCAGUCUUUUCCAUGAACUUCUCCCCUGGUAGAAAGAAGAUGAAUGAGCAAAACCAAAUAUUCCAGAGACUGGGACUAAGUGUACCAGAGAAGGGCUUGGACUCAAGCAAGAUUUCAGAUUUGUGACCAUUAGCGUUUGUCAACAAAGUCACCCACUUCCCACUAUUGCUUGCACAAACCAAUUAAACCCAGUAGUGGUGACUGUGGGCUCCAUUCAAAGUGAGCUCCUAAGCCAUGGGAGACACUGAUGUAUGAGGAAUUUCUGUUCUUCCAUCACCCACCCCCCCACCCUCCCACUGCCAAAGAACUUGGAAAUAGUGAUUUCCACAGUGACUCCACUCUGAGUCCCAGAGCCAAUCAGUAGCCAGCAUCUGCCUCCCCUUCACUCCCACCGCAGGAUUUGGGCUCUUGGAAUCCUGGGGAACAUAGAACUCAUGAUGGAAGAAUUGAGACCUAAUGAGAAAUAGAAAUGGGGAACUACUGCUGGCAGUGGAACUAAGAAAGCCCUUAGGAAGAAUUUUUAUAUCCACUAAAAUCAAACAAUUCAGGGAGUGGGCUAAGCACGGGCCAUAUGAAUAACAUGGUGUGCUUCUUAAAAUAGCCAUAAAGGGGAGGAACUCAUCAUUUCCAUUUACCCUUCUUUUCUGACUAUUUUUCAGAAUCUCCCUUCUCUUCAAGUUGGGUGAUAUGUUGGUAGAUUCUAAUGGCUUUAUUGCAGCGAUUAAUAACAGGCAAAAGGAAGCAGGGUUGGUUUCCCUUCUUUUUGUUCUUCAUCCAAGCCUUCUGGUUUUAUGGGUCAGAGUUCCGACUGCCAUCUUGGACUUGUCAGCAAAAAAAAAAAAAAAAAAAAAAAAAAAAAGGCCUGCUGUGUAAGCUGACAGUAUUUGUAGCUGAUAGGGGGUUGGGAGGAAAGUGUCUACUAGGAGGGUGGGGUGAGAUUCUGUGUUGAUGUAGGAGGCCGAGAAGGCCCUUAACUCAAAGUAGCUUAUUUAUCCAAAAUGUUCUAGAUGCAUUAUCUCCAACCAAGGACCCCUUAUUUAUCAUGCCUUUGUUCUCUUUUCCCUCAGAUGUAUAUUUCUUUAAAAAUAAUUUUCCUAAUAACAAAACUUAUUUCUAAAACAGCUUAAAAAUUCAAAGAAAAACCCCAAACACUGACAUUACCUACACUUCCACUACCCAAAGACAAAAUGUGCCCACUGUGUGCUUUUGAGUGUAUUUUCUUUUAGUUUGUUUUUUGUUGGGUGCAUAUUUAUGAUAAUAACAAUGAUGGACUUCAAUUGUACUCACUGUUCUGUUGUUGGUUUUAAUUAGCAGCAAGUUGUGAUCACUUUCCCAGGUGAAUAAAUCAUUUCAAAGCAUUG